AUGCCGAAGAAGCACAGAAACUCAUUCGCAUACACAAAACCUGCAGCCACAGCUCACCACUCGCUCACAUCAUCUGCUGAGUUGUCAAGGGCCAUUCACAAUGCCCACCAUACCAGAUUUGGGACCGGACCCGCGAGGGGUCCGGAAAGAUCUAUGGGCCCCACGUCAAUCGACGACUCAUCAGUCAACGACCUAAUCAGUCACCUGCGGCGUACACAAGGCCUUGGUUCAGCUGAGAGCUCCUCUUCCUCUUCUCAUUCUUUUGAACCACAAAGAUCUCUCCCACCAGCGUUGAGAAACAUUCUACAGCUUCCCGAGCAUCCUGCACCUCGUCCUCGACGCAACAUAUUUCAAACUCGAAUUAACGGCCGGCCAAGGCGUCUUCCACCUGGUCCUCCAGCUCCAGAGAGUUGGUCAUCUGAAACACGUACCAAUCAACACCCUCUGUCAAGACACGGCAAAAUGGAGCCCGCCACCCAAGACCAAAUCAUUUAUCGCCUGAACAGGCUGCCUGGGGGUCGCUUCCCGGAGCUCACAAACCGUGGAGCUCGAAGCCUUCAACAUAUUGCUCUCAUGGGAAUUGCUAUGAACUGGGCCUCGUAUGUGGAAGACGUUGGAGAAUUCUUGUCCGACCUCCCCACUCAUCUCAAGCAAAUGCUGCUCAGCUAUGUUGCUUUCUACUGGAAGCCCACGAACUCGGAGAACCCAAUGAAUGGAUUCCGACCACUGUAUUUCGGCCAAGCUGAGUACGACCGACUUGCCAGAGAGCACCCGGGCCGGUUCCAGCGUAGGCAUAUCACCGACUCUCAAACCAUUCGCUUGGAUCUGUCAAAGGCAAUUGGCCAUUGGUUGACUUUCAGACAACUGAUGAGAGCACUGCGAUUACCAAGUAUCUCCAGCCGCACCACAGACCCGCCAACUGAGAGCUAUGUGCCCGACUCAUGGGACGAAACCGAGGUGGGAGCCGUGCCUCGCCCAAUACAAGGGCCGCGCUUUUCAGGUCUUCGAUACCUCUCACUGGCCCACCCAAAGCCGGGAAGCGUGAGCUGGAUGGAGCUGGUGAGCCUCACCUCACAUCUCCCGACCCUCACUCACCUAUCUCUUGCGCACUGGCCAGUGCUACCGCGGGCUGCCGAAUACACCGGCUUGAGGACGAAUUGUUGGGCCGACCACGCGGGAAUCCUUCGCCAGAUUGCCCGCAACACCAACUGCUUGAGGUGGCUCGACCUGGAGGGGUGCACUGACUGGAUAAACGCCCUGGUGUGGAAGGGAUUGGUCCCAACGGGCAAUGGCCCCAUGGAUACCGUCCCCGCGGGGUCCGAUGGUCCGGACUGGAAUGGCGCUUGGCGCAAUGUCGAGGACCUUAUCCUGUCCCCGGGCUAUUGGAUCCAGCCCCAACCGGAACCACCAACGGGGCGUUUAACCCGGGCAGUGCAGAAGAAGAGACAGGAAGCCUGGCUCAAGACGUUGUCAGAUACGACGGAGUUCCGGACCGACGUCCGAACGGCCCAGAGUGUCGCCGACGCCAUCAAGGCGCUCCGACGAGAGGCCCAUGGGAAAGCCAUUGUGGUGGAGACUGCGGAAGAUGAGGAGAUUCCAGACAUCAAUGAGUUGAUGCGCCUGGCUGAUGAGGAGUACUAG